CAGACGCGGAGACACGCAGAGAGGAGCACACAGCGCGCGGCUUCGGCUUCCAUCUCCUCUUCCUCAUCCUCGGAUCACCUCCUCAUCACCAUGGAUUCUCCCCGGGCUCGUGCCCUGCUCUCCGCCGGAUAAACUUUGGACUUACGCUCGUGUCAUGGGAAUAUACUGUCUGUGUGCUCGGCCCCGUGGAUCCAUACAGCCUUGAUGGAAACCAUGUCACCGCAGCAGGGGACCAUGGGCCAGAACAGAUCCGACUCUCUGACGGGAGAGAGCAAGACGCCCCCCGAUAACAAGAAGAAGAUGAAGACCUUGGCCCAGAGACGACAGUCAGCUCCCUCGCUGGUCAUCAGCAAAGCACUUACCAGAUCCAGAAGCACGUCCAGGGAAAGCUGCCUGGCACCUGUCAGCCCAGAGUCUUGUCCCCUCGUCCAGGCCUUCCUGGCGGAGUGUCCGGGCCGUCUAUUCCUGGGUCACGCCCAAACACAACUGAAGACUGGCCUGCAGACGCAGGACAGACACCUCUUCCUCUUCACCGACACGCUGCUCGUCGCCAAGGCCAAAUCUCCCACCCAUUUCAAGGUGAAAGCCCAAGUCCGAGUGUGUGAGAUGUGGAUGGCCAGCUGUGUAGAGGAGGUGUGCGAGGGAAGCACCAACCCAGAGAGGAGCUUCGUCAUGGGCUGGCCCACCUACAACUAUGUGGCCACCUUCAGCUCUGAGGAGCACAAGGACAAGUGGUUGGCACUCAUCAAAAGUCGGAUCAUCGAGGGAAAAGAGAAGGACGACCCCAAGACUGUUCCUCUCAAGAUAUUCGCAAAGGACAUUGGAAACUGUGCAUAUGCCAAGACACUUGCGGUCAGCAACACCGACAGCACCACUGAUGUCAUCCGCAUGGCUCUGCUGCAGUUUGGCAUAUCAGGCUGUGUUAAAGACCACCGGUUGUGGGUGAGCUCCAGUAAGGACGACCCUCCAUACCCUCUCAUUGGCCACGAGUUUCCCUUCAGCAUUAAGAUGAGCCACAUUCGGGAUGGCGGGAGCAGCGGGGGAGGACUGGGAGGAGGAGCAGGGAGAGACUCGACGAGUCCCACAGACUGUCCAGGGGUGCUGCUGCUGGACCAGUGUCUCCCACCAGACACCCAGUGCCAGUUUAUCCUCAAACACAGCAAGGUUGCCCCGGGUCCGCUUAUAGAGCCUGGUCAGCAGAAGUCUUUUAAGAGGAAGAGGUCUCUGAUCAACUGGCCUUUCUGGAAGGGCUCCAACACACAGCUGGACGGCCUGCCGCUGUCCCCGACCUCGCUGUCCCCCACUCAGGGACGGCUGUUCGGGCGACCCCUGAGCUCCGUCUGCUCCCCAGACCACGGCCUGCCCAAGACUGUCAUGGACAUGUUGGUGUUCCUGUACCUGGAGGGGCCGUACACCAGGGGCGUCUUUAGGCGCUCGGCCGGGGCCAAAGCCUGCCGGGAGCUUCGGGACAGACUGGACAGCGGGGCCGAGGACCCAGAGAUCACGCACCAGUCUGUGUUCGUCAUUGCCGCUGUCCUCAAGGAUUUCCUGCGGAAUAUCCCGGGCAGCCUGCUGUGUGUGGAGCUGUACAACCAGUGGAUGGAUGUGAUGGAAGGAGACGGAGGCGAGGACAGGACGCAGGCUGUCCAGAGGUUGCUCCACCUCCUGCCCGGUGACAACCUGCUUCUGCUGCGGCAUGUGAUCGCCGUGCUGCACUGUAUCCAAGGCAACGCCCAAGACAACCAGAUGAAUGCCUUCAACCUGUCCGUCUGCAUCGCUCCCAGCAUGCUUUGGGCUCCGGCGCCAAGCACCCCCGAGAUGGAGGGGGAGGGUACCAAAAAGGUGUGUGAGCUGGUCCUCUUCCUCAUAGAGAACUGCUGCGGCGUCCUGGGAGAAGACGUGACCUCGCUGUUCAGGAGCUUCAGCCAGAAGAGCAGCAGCAGUGACCACGGAUCAGACGUGUCGUCCUUCCAGAUGAACGACUCGUCCUAUGACAGUCUGGAGAACGAGCUGAAUGACGACCCCGAGUCUCCCUACCAGGAACAGCUGCCCCUUCGCGACAAGGACAAGCCGGACAGCCGCAGCCGCGACUCCGUCAUCACCCUCAGCGAUUGCGACCCCGACCCCGACCCUGAGACCGACCUCCAGCUGCAGCUCCCCCCAUUGGCCAGACCCAGGAGGUUCAGCCCUGCGGUCCGACAGCCCCGCACCCGCCAGGCCAACGGCCCGUCACAGGGCCCCAGGAGGCUGAGGAGGAGUUCAGAGCCCGCCCUGGCCCUGCCGAGCACGACGGCCUCGGCCACAGUGACUGCUCAGGCCGAUAACCGCCGCGUGCCGAUGAGGAAGGCGAGCUAUGAUGCUGCCAUGGAGGGGGAGGGCGAGGAGGACGAGGUGUUUCUGGAGAAGGGCCUGAGCGCACUGCAGCUAAAGGAGGAGGAAGAGGAUGGAUGCGAUAAGGGAGGAGCCAAAGUCCAGAAUGGUGGGCGGAGGAAGCUGAAGCACCCCCCUCCGCCUCCAUUGCGACUGGAUGCCAGCUGUUCCAGUCUGUCGUCACCAGCAACCUCACCCACUGGCUCCUCCCUCAGCUCUUUGGACUCCGCCUUCUCACAGUACUCUACUGACUAUGCCACCAAUGGGGCAAUUCCAUUUGUUGAGCCCGCUCCUCUCUCCCCUGUGUGUCCUGGACGGCCCCAGCCGUCACCCAGGGGCUCCCCUCCUCACAGGGAAGCCCCGCCUCAUUGGCCAAAGUCCACCCAGCCCCCUCGGACCAGCCAAACCCCCUCCCACCCUCAUGGCCUCCACCCUAACACAUGGCUGAAGAAGGAACGCCGCCUGUCACUAAAACAGCCUGAUAAUGGACACACAGAGGAGGACUUGCCUGUGGUAAACGGGAAGACCCAACCAACCAGUAACGGGUACUCCACCGGUGCCCAGGAGGCCGCGGUGACCAACCGAGACUGCCGACAGAGAUCCAGCAGUCCUCCGUCCUACCAGCAGGCUCUGCUGCAGCUGCAGCGCAGCCGCUCUCCUUUCUACAGGGGGACAGAGAAACCUCUGACAGUCAGAGAGCUGAGGCAGCUCCACGACCAGACCUGCUCCUACAGACCCCCGAUCCCAGCAUCCCCUAACGAUGCCAAACCACACACAGGAAGUGAGGCUACACAGAGACUGACUAGACAUGAGUGGAUGCAGCCCCCACAGGGUGUUUUCUAUGGACAGAGCGCCACCACUCUAGUCCUCCAGAGGCAAAAGUCCCACUCCCUGACUCCGGCCAUGGAGGGACACAAAGGGAGGAGGACCUUUGCCCUUCCCCGCCGAGCAUCCGAACCUGCCAAGGUCACUGCAAACUCACACCCUGCCUCCAGCCUCUCCCUGGACAGACCACACAUUUCAAAAGGUCAGCCCCAAGAUGGCGGCCUGAGAGUCUCGGAGGUGGAGCCCAACCACGCUGAGCCACGCUUCUGCCUGUCUCCCUCCGCCACCCGCGCUGUAAGGGACUAUUUUUCCUCCCAGGGUCAGGAGGAUGCAGAUGGCUGCCUGAGGAGGAGUCAGGAGGUGGCGCUAGCUAUUGUGCAGGGGAAGAGGGAAUGGCAGAGCAGGCGGUGCAGUGACCCACGAGUGGAUGAGUUUGACCAGCUGUUUUUUGCAGAAGAGUCGUACGUGUAAGUUAGAACUUUGUACAGACAAGCUUUGUAUAAGAGACUGUUUUUUUUAUCUCAUAUGUUCACUUGUGUAGAACUGUCUUCAUUGUUGAUGUGAUGAUAUUCCUCCAUAUUAUUUCCCCCCUUUGUCCUUCUGGCAGCAGUGGUAGCCCAAUCCAAAAAGGUUUCGGGUUACUGUCAUGGUACAGCCAAGGUUUAAGAUUUUAAAAGGUACAGAAACACUAGUUUAAAAGCACUUCAUGUAUUUGAAAGUCACAUUGCUUUGUAGCACUGCAGUUGGGAUCCUCAAAAAAAAAAAAAAACGACAACUGCUCUGUCUUCAUGCAAA